AUGAGAGACACCUAUUUUGUGUUUCCAAUCCAUUCUGGCACCGUGGUGACCGGCCUGACUGCUGAAAUCGAUGGGCACUUUAUUGAAGCAAAGGUCAUGGAGAGGCGUGAGGCUCAAGAAGCGUACAAGAAAGCAAUCAAAGAAUCCAAAUGCGCGGCUCUCGCUCAGCACGGCGCAAGUCAAGCUCGGAACGGAAUGGAUUUGUAUCGUGUCUCCCUGGGGAACAUCCCAACACACAAGUCGACGUUUGUGAACUUCUCCUACGUGCAAGAGCUCAAUUUGGAGGAUUCGGACUUGAAGAAGCAGGGCUUUCUCAGGUUGCUGUUUCCUGCCACUGUGGGCGCGCCCAGUCGAUACUCGCCGGCGGGCUUCUCCGAUGGCAUUCGAUCUGAAGAGGAGCUGCAGGCUGCUACACACCAGGCACCGUCAUUGAAGCUUCAAAUCGCCAUCCAACCACCAGCACGAGUGUCCUCACCAUCUCACAAGUCCAUAAGCUCACGUGAGGUGGUACAGCUCGGUGACAUGGCUAAGACGACAACGCUGGCAGAGGUUGAUUUGAGGCAAUGGGAUGACAUUGUGAAGGACGUCGUGGUUCACAUCCAUUUCCCAGCGGAGGACAUUGGACUUUUUAGACCCAGGGCCAUUCUGGAGCAACAUCCAACGCUGAAAACAUGGGUGGCUGCAGCAGAGGUGGUGCCACGCUUUUCCUGGGACCUACUUACAAACGUGGAGCUUUCCAUCCUUGUUGAUCGCAGUGGGUCAAUGGGAGGCAGCAAAAUCCUUUUUGCCCGAGAAGCCUUGGAGCACUUCAUUCGCUCCUGUCCUUUCCAAGCUUUUGUGAACAUUGUCGGCUUUGGCUCCAGCUUUGAAAGCAUUUUUGCUUCAGCGCAUCAGCUGAAGGAUGAAGCCUUUGAAAUGGCUCUGGAACACGCACGAACUUUGCAGGCCAACUUGGGAGGAACGGAUUUGGCACCGGCGCUGCGGCAUGUAUUGAGCCAAUCAGAGCAGGAUGGCCGUUGGCGGCGCUUGCUUGUUCUCACGGACGGUGAAGUAUGGAAUGCCAACGAGGUCAUUGCGACCGCGGAGCAAUGUGGCGAGAAGUGCGAAAUCCAUACCUUAGGGCUGGGCUCUGGGGUCUCUACUGCACUUCUCGAAAGCUUGGCCCGCAAGGGCAAGGGCAGCGCACAUUUCUUGGCAGACGGUGAGGAAGAAGCUUUGCAGGAGACGGUGGUGAAGAUGCUCGCCUCAGCCUUGCAGCCACCGGUGACAGACCUGAAAGUUCAUUGGCCAUCGUCACCAACCUUGCUGCGGCAUCGAAUGGAGAUCCAAGAAAAGAGCGCGCGGCAAACGCCCAUCAAGCCUGAAGGAAUCUUCCAAGAAGGCCCAGUGCAAAGUCCUUCUGAGAUCUUGGAUCUUGGCAGUGUGGAAACAGAGAAGAAGCGGAGUGACAAGCAGCACCAAGAAUACAUCAAGCGAUUCCGUGCACAAGGUGGGUUCCGGUAUGGUACGGUGCAGGUUGGGCGACUCGCAUCUCUUCGAAGCGGCCAACGAUGGUCGGCAUAUGCUUUUUUGGGCCUUGUCAACCACAGCCAGAUCCCAUCUGAGAUUGCGAUGACAGGGAAGAUGAAUGAUCAAGUCUUUGAUUUGAAGCUGCCUGUCACCAGAAGCACGGGAAGAACAGUCCAUGUCCUUGCUGCCUGGCACCUGGCAGAGACCCUGGAAACCAGUGGUGCUUGGUCAGAGCUUGGGAAUGGCCAUGGCCUGCCAUGGGAAGAAGCAGACUGGCAGGUUAUUGCACUGGGCUUGACCUUCGGGAUUGCCACCAGCAAGACCUCAUGGAUCGCUGUGCCCCCAGAGGAACACAAUGAAGCCGCCGGCAAGAUGUCACUGGCGUCAAUGGGAUCCAGCUUGAGCCUUCGCUCCUUUGCACGAUUGGGCAGCAGUUUGGCCGUCCUGGACUUUACGAGUCUCGGAUCUACUUUGAGAUCUUUGAGUUUGAGAUCUUUCUGCCGUUUGGGCUCCACUUUGAGCGUCUAUGGCAUGGCAAGACUUGGCUCUUCAAUCUCAGUGAUGGACUGUAUGCACAUGGGAUCUUCAAUCUCAGUGAAAGAAUUCUCAUUACUGGGAACUUCGCGCAGCACACUUGCUCUUACUGAUGCUGCAGCGGCCCCAACUCCCAAGAAAAUGCUUGGUGCGGCUGCACCUUUUGGUUUGCAGCGAGCGUUCAUUUCACUUAAAGUGUCCAAGUCCAUUGCAGUGCCAAUCAUGAUGGUCACGCUGGACAAGAGCAAUUGCUCAUAUCAUAGGCUCCCGGAUGAUGUUGCUCCGCUGAAUCAUUUGCUGAGGAGUUGGUCAGGUGUGGUUUGGUCUUCUGAGAGGCAAUUUGGGUUUACUGACCUGGGCACAACAGACGUUACCACUCCAGACAUCUCAGAAUCUGUGGGUUUAACAGUGAAUUGCCACUUGCACGCUGGGCGACCUGGCCAAACUUUUGCCAGGCUGAAUUUCUCAGAGCUGGGAAACCAGAGCCUGGAUUUCCAGAUGGCAGUGGAAGAACUCCAGCCAGACCACUUGGAGAUGGAGGUCUCUAAGUGGGGUUGCCCACAGUGGCCAAGAAGCAUGUACUUUGCUUUGCUGGAGAGCCAGCGUGCAGACGGUGGUUUUGAUUGGCCUGUGAAGUUCUUGCAGUUACACGGCGCUAACACAGUGACAACAGAGAUCGCACGCCUUGACUAUCUACCAACUGCAUUUGCCAUUGCGGCUUUGCGCCGCUGCUUCUCGAGUGCACAAAGCGCCUUGGUCGAGCACAAGGCGAUCGCCUGGCUACAGGCAAAUCUUGAAGCCAAUCAACAAAUGGAUCGAUGGAUCGCUGUGGCAAACGCCAUGGUUUUGCAAAGGUUUAUGUGGAAAGUGGAAUGA